GCAUUUUCACAUUCCUCGACCUCUAAAAACUCAGUUUGACUGAGCUCUCUCUCUCUCCGUUGCGAGUAACGCGUUGCUUCGACGCUCUUCAACGGUCAGUCUCAAAAACGACGUCGUCAUACUCAUCUUCUUCGUUCUUCCCCUAGCUAGGGUUUUUCUCUUGUAUCAUACUCACCUUUCUUUCUCCUCAAUCGAAUGUGAUUUUAAAUAGAGAAUAUCAAGGGAUUGAGAAUGUUCGAGAAAUCGAAGAAACAAAAGUGUUUUGUGACUGAAGAAGAUAUGUCCACUCUCUUACAAAGGUAUAAUGCAACAACUGUACUGGGAGUGUUGGGUGAGGUGGCAGCACAAGUUGCAGCAGAUGAGAAAAUUGAUUGGAAUGCAUUGGUGAAGAAGUCUACAACUGGGAUUACUAAUGCAAGAGAGUAUCAAAUGCUAUGGCGCCAUUUGGCUUAUCGCCAUGGUUUGCUAGAUAAAUUAGAUGAUGCUGCACAACCUUUGGUAUGUCAAUCAUCGCCAAAUUGUUUGUCUUUCUGCGUGUGUAUGUGUGUGUAUUUUUGGGGCGAGUGGCAGAGCUAGGAAU